UUUUUUAAUAAAGUGGACAAAAAAAUAAGCAACAUCCUUAAUAAGGAAAUAAUGAUAUUGGUUUUUCUUGUUAUCACCUACUUUGGUCCAACUGUUAAAGGAGCUGCAGUAAAAGAUCAUGUUUCCUGCGAUCGGGAUUAUGCUAAGGUGGGUUGCUUCAAAGAGUUUCACAAUGCAAUAGCCCAUAACUUAUUGAUUACUGAUAAAGAUGAUCAAAGUGAUGCAUAUCAAGGGUUUGAACUUGAUUGGGAUAAAAUGAAGGAAUCAAUACAUAGCAUAGCAUGUAGAUGUUCACAAAAAUCACAAGAAGAAGGAUAUGAUUUUUUCUACAUUAUUCAUUGGGCAGAGUGUUGGUCCAGCAAAACAUUGGGUGUUAUUCUAGAUAUUGAUAAAGCAUCACAGAGAUCUUCCAAGUGUUUUAAUGCAAAUUUUUUAGAAUGUGACGAUAAACAUGUUGAAGAAUGUGUUGGUGGAUCUGAAGAAAAAACAAAUGCUGUCUACCUCUAUAAAAUUUUAAAAGGCCAUAAUAGUUCAGAACCAG